AUGGAUACACCGUCAAUAACAACUCGUCCAAAUUUGGAUAGUAAAAUAUUCAGAAGCGUAUCAUUUAUAGUGAUUGUCAUCAUCCUAUAUUGUUCCACGAUUUACUAUAAACGCUCAAUAGCAACUCCAGGGCAUCUUUCAUCGUCAACAAUUAAGUGUGACCAAUGCCGUUUGUCAAUGAUCGAAUCAGAUGGGUGGUUUUGCGAAUCAGACUCUAAUUGGCAACGGCGAAAACUAGUUCACCAUGCACAAGAUAGGCGAAAUAACGUGACCGAUAGUCGUUUUUUGUUUUUUCAGAAUAAUUGGGAAUCAACGGUACACUGUGAAUUCGAACAACGAAUCGGACGCACCGGUGAUGGUGGCAAAUGGAUCUGUGACAUCCAUCGAUUUCAACAGAUGAACGAAACAAAUACUUUAGUCUAUUCGUUCGGCUCGAAUGGUGAUUUCAGUUUUGAACGCGGCAUAAAAGAAAAAUUACCACAAGCAGAAAUUCACACAUUCGAUAAAGGAUUUUUCCAGUGUCCUGACGGCGUGUGUUUGUUUCACCAAGCGUAUUUAGGUAAUGGCAAAAUUAACGGUACAAAGUCAUUAGAAAAUAUCACACAAGAACUUGGCCAUUCAAAACGAGAUAUUCAUAUACUCAAAGUCGAUAUUGAAGGACAUGAAUUUAAUUUAUUUGAAGAAUUAUUUGGUUCAUCAGCAAGUACGCGAAAGAAUAGACUUUAUAUUCGGCAAAUUUUAUUCGAAAUUCAUCUUGGUAGUAAUAUGAAUGAGCAGAUGAGCCGACGUACGCAUAGACUAUUUAGUCUAUUUCGUGCAAAUAACUACGCGAUCUUCCAUAAGGAGGUCAAUCUGGAUAAUCCUCAAAACGUUUUUGAAGAUAUGAUCGAUGAUAAUUAUUUACUUAUGAAAAUAGUCCUCAACUAA